AUGGCUCUGCUCAACCCGACCUUCAUAUUCGGCGUCAUUGUCCUCCUCUACCUGUCCUCAUUCAUCCUCUUCGCUGUCGUCCGAAUCCUCACCGGCGUAUCGAUACAGAGAAUAGGCUACUUCUCCCUCCGUCGGCUCGCCUACACACCCAGAGAUGGAUUCAAGAUCGAGAUUCGUGGGCUGGGGCUCAACGUCCACCGCCCGACCUUCGCCCAGCCCACAUGGCUGAGCGUCGUGGUUAGCGAGCUGGUCGUCACUGUCGACAUCCGUGAGCUAGACGGAAAGAAAGGCGAGGAUAGCUCGAGCGAUUCCGAAGGCACUGAUGCGGAGGAGGAGGAGGUGACGGAUACCCGGCCGGCGGAACAGCAGAAAGUGCCAUUGAUACGGCGAAAUGGCGGCCCCCCACCACGGAGCGAGACCUGGAAGCAUCUCAUGAAGCUUAAGGACAGGAUAAAGCGGGCGCAUCGCAAACUUAAUUGGUUGCGUAUGGUGGACAUCGUGGCCACCAAUUCCACAAUCAAGGUCGUUGAUGUGGGCGACGUGCAGUUCGGAAGCUUCACUGUGGCAGUCGACACCCGGCGCAAGAUGGUUGACCGCGCGCGUUUCUUCUUCCAGUCCCGCGCCGACAAGAACAGGAACAAGCAGCGACAGGCGGAAUGGAUAAUGACACUACGCAGCGUCUUGUUUACGCCAGAGGGCAAGGAGUCCCUUGAAAUUCUCGACAAUGCGACCUUGAAUAUCCAUGGAUUUCUGUACGAAGCGCUGGACGGGCUGCGGGAUGCUGCAAUUGCUCUCAAGCUCGGCCGUGUCCACAUACCCCUCGACGAUGUCCGGCUAUGCGCCGACCGACUCAAGCAAUGCAAGGCGGCUGUCGACACACCCUCUGCGCCAAAGGAGACGGCCGACUUUUUCCUGGAGAAGGUCAUCCAUGAGGUGGCUGAGCCAGGAAGCACUCAUCGAGAGCUUAUUCAAACCGUGUCCGACUCGAAAGAGUUCGUUAGCUCCAUCCUCAGGGGUGUCAAGGAGGUUCAGUUCGCAGUCAGUUUUGUCGGCAUGACGAAGAGGGUAGAAACAGUCAAGCCCAACGCGAAACCCAUUAUGCUGAACGCCUCCAUGAAGGAAGUCGGCAUCGACUUGCAUCGUCUAGACCCCAAGUCGCCGUCUCACCGGAUGUACUUCCCCUCCAAAGACAUCGCCCACGAGGCACUCGCCGCAGCAUUGUCCAUAUCCGUUGGUGUUGACGACGGAGACGGCAAGCCUGAAAGGCUUUUAUACAUCCCAAUGGCAACGACGACAGUCAAGACGACACUGCCGUCGAAGACGGUAGAGAUGGCACAGGAUGUCGGCGCCGAAGAAAGAAAUGCAAACAUUCUCUUCGCUAACUCCGUCGUAACGUCCCCUUCGGUGGACCUCGACCCGCGCCAUCUGCCCCUCCUCGUUGCCAUGCUCCAACCAAAACCGAAAAAGUCGAGAGGAGACAGCCAACCCAGGCACAUUCUCAUAUCGCGACUAUUGCCAAAGGCUAAUAUCAAGUUUACGAUGCACGAGCCGGUUCUUCGAGUUGCUCUUCCUGCCGUAGACCAACACGCUGCUCCCGACGACUUUGACCUAAUCAUAUCUUCUAUUUCAUCGAUUUCACUCGACAUGGAGUCGUUCCAUUCCACUGUGGAAGACCUUCAUUACUCACUAGCAUCAACGAUGAGAAUCCAGUCACACGAACUGUACUACCAGACGUCAUCGAGUAACCGGUUCGAUCUCAUUCAAACCGAGUCUUUUGAGCUAAAGGUGCAACUCAGUGCCACACCAGAUGUCCACGUUGUAGCAUCCGGAAAUCUGCAAACCUUCGCGAUCAAAAUGGUACGACCCGAGAUCACAGACGGCCUUAGACAGAUUGUGAAACAGCUGAGGAUGAACGUCGAGUCUGAGAAACGCUUUACGUCAAAGACCUCAGGCAGUAAACAACAAAACUUCCUCCGCGCGUUGCCGUCUUGGUUGCUGCAAUUCCAGCUUCAAGCGUCCGAUUUCAGCGUCGAAAUUGCUGGUAUCGACGAGGACAUCUCGGACGACACACGUGGCGUGUCUUUGCAGCUCGACGAAUUCUCUGCUGAGUAUCGAGCACAAAGGCUGGAGGGCCUCCAGCGGCGACCAUCGCGUCGUAGGGCUAAUAGCCGUACCGUUGCUCCGGACUCAGACCUCCUUAAACACCCUGUCUCGCCCGCACCGAGGAGAAAGCAGCAAAACUAUGGCGACGGACGAAGGGUUGCGGUUCACGUGCGAGGGUUGGAGGCUUAUAUUGUCGAGUCAGAGGACAGGGUCGAGUUGGAGCCUUUCGUCAACAUGCCUCGCUUCGAAGUAGCCUUCCAGGCUAUGAGUGAUCAACAAGGUCCAAUCUUCCACGUCCACGCCGGAAUUCGAACAGUUCUCCUUCAGUAUUCUCUCUUUAGGCACUACUCUGUUGGUGUGGCGAUCAUGAUUCUCAAGAAAGCCUUCAUGAGGUCUGGACCAGAUGUUACGUCGCCCGUCAUGUCACCGACAACACCACGAAAAGAUGUUGGCGGCGACUUCCUGUCUCCUCCGAUGUCACCAGAGUCCCCUUUCGUCGACAUGAGCGAUUUCUCAACAGUGACUCCCGAGCUUGUGGCUAUUGAUAUUAAGGCCGCCCUCGUCCAAGUCAAGGCCGAACUGCCUAAUGAUCCUCAGGUGAUGCUUCAGGUCUACGGCGUGGAGGCCGGUCGUCACAGGUGGUCCGCCCCCUACCUCGUGUCCAAGCUCAUCCGCGUAUACGUUCAACCGCCCAGAAUGCGGACUACCUGGGCGAGGAUGGUGAGUAUCAAGGGGGGACGAGUUGACUACAGGAAAUCUCGGCGGAAGCUCACUAGUGGUGGGUUUCAAGAGGACAAGAUGAUCGACAUCAACUCCGACGCUAUACGGUUCGCUGUGCCACACGAGGUCCAGGUCAACAAGAUCUCUGAUAACAUCAUUAAUACCCUCAAGUCGAUCCAGCAGCUUCAUCAUCGCUUCAAGACAGGCACCAACGAAUAUAUUCUCGACAAGAAGCCAGGGGGCCCAAAGAACGUACCCAAGGUUUCAGUUCGAACCCGUUCGUUGCUCUUCGAGCUAGAAGAUGGCGCCUUCGAGUGGAAGCUGGGGAUGAUUUACCGCGCUGGUAGAGUCGAGCAAAUGCAGCGCCUUGCUCGUGAGGAAGCAUUCGAGGUCAAGAGAAAGAAGGUCCGUGAGGAAGAGUCAAGGAAAGAGUCUGGCAAGCUGCGAGCUCGUUCACUCUUCCACAGAGGACGCCAAAAGAACGGCGCCUCUUGGGCCAGGAGCCAGAGUGCGGAUGGGCGUGGGCGCAGGCGCAGCAGCGACGACCACUCACGAGGAAGAGCACCGCGAUACGAUCCCGACACAGGCGGGCUCGGCCUUACAGGAUCCGCCAAAAUUGCCGAGCAAGAGGCGCGAGAAAAGCUGGAUGCGUAUAAUGCGCAAAGCUGGAAGAAGCGGAUCGACCGCUUCUAUUCCAUGGCGAAGAACGGCAUGAAGGAGAUUCGCGGUCUUUUCUGGGGCCCUGACCAGCUUCCUGAUGAUCUGGAGGAUACCGAAAACAUUCUUGAGGUGCCCCAGAGACCAGCUUUGAUGUCUGCUCUCAUCACUGAUCUUCAAUUUGUCAUUGACAAACCUACGUUUGCCAUGAAGGAUCUGCCUGACUUCAUUCAUUCAGUUGGAAAGGGUAUGCCCAAGGACAUGCAGUACGGUCUUCUGGUGCCUAUGCAUGUCUCUAUUGACCUCGGCGAGGCGAGGAUAUCAUUACGCGACUACCCCCUGCCACUGAUUCACAUUCCCAGCUUAAAGGCAGGACAGUCUACCAGAUUGCCGGCCAUGUCUCUCAAGACCAACUUUGUAAUUGCGGAAGAAUUCCGAGGAAUGGAGUCGACCCGCCGUAUCAAGGUCAACAUUGUUCCUCCCCGAACCCUAGAACCCGGUGGUAGCAGCGAAGGCGGCUUCGCCAUUGAUGUUCGUCGUACGAUCGGACCAGUCAAAUCUUAUACCAAUAUGAGAGUCGACAUCAAUACGGCCCUGCCAACCAGAAUUACGUGGGGCCCAGCGUACCAACCAGCUAUUCAAGAUAUGAUGAUGGUCAUUGAAUCCUUCACUAAACCCCAGGUUGACCCUUCCGAUAGAGUGGGUUUCUGGGAUAAGAUCAGACUCAACUUCCAUUCGAGAAUACAUGUUGCCUGGAGGGGGGAUGGCGACAUGCACCUGGCGCUGAAGGGCACCCGCGAUCCUUACUGUGUAACCGGUAACGGUGCAGGAUUCCUCAUGUGCUGGCGUAACGAUGUCAAGUGGAACAUCAAUGCCGAUGACAAUCCCAAGCGUUUCAUGACUGUCGACGCCGGCGAAUACGUCCUUGCCAUCCCGGACUACAGCCACCAGGUCCGUGAAGCUGCUCGACGGACAGGUGAUGAUGAUAGCCUCAUGAGUGAAGACAGCUACAAAUCCGGAGCCUCUUUCAAGAAGGUGGUGAUGAAGCUGUCUGGCAAGGUGCAAUGGAUGGCUGGUCUCGUCUUUGAGCAGGCAAUCCAGAACGGACAACGGACAUUCGAGUUCAGGCCGCAUUACGACGUAGUCCUACGGUCUCCGCAUCACGUCAGACCCGAGGACAAACCUUAUGACGCUUUCCGUGGAUUCCGAAGCCAGCAUAUUCACUUGUCGAUCGCCGUACGAGCACCUGUCGACCGCGACUGGAUGUCUUCCAACCCUGAGCCAUCAAGGAGUUACAAUACGGUGCACUGCACACCUCGUUUCUUCACCCACUUCUUCGCAUGGUGGUCUCUGUUUGGUGGGGCGAUGGCGCUUCCUAUUCGUCAGGGAUCACUGUGGCCGGGAAGAGAGAGGAACAGCAAGAAAUUCGGCAAACAUCUGUCGACCAUCAAAUACAACCUGUUGUUGGCGCCGCUGUUCCUUAGUCAUAUCUACAAGCAUAAGGAUGCCGAAGAUGCCUCCGAGAACGGUGUUUCUGCGACGGGUCUCAAAGUUCGUUUCGAUAGCUUUAUGCUGGAUCUACAUCAGAGACGAGAAGAGUUCAACACAAGGGAUCGUGGCCGCAAAACUAAAGGAAAGACGAGCGGUAUCAAGAUCCAUGCGGCUCAGCUUGACCUGGCAGCUGCGGAUGUGCGAGCUGUUUCGGCGAGUAUAAGAGGCACCACAACAGAAGCUAUCAAGAAUGGCAACAUUGCCACUCUUGUCACACCAGAGGACAGCGCCGACUUGUCACGUUUCACGAUCCCAGAUAAUGACUUGAGUUGGAUCGAUAUGGACGACUUUGUCGAGCUGGAUUGGAUUUUGCCCACGGAACCUAACCCAGACACCAAAAUCCUACCCCUAGCAUACGCACCUCGCCUCACUUACUUCCGACAAACCGACAUUGGCGGCGUCAUUUCUGGGGACCCAGACCGCAGGAGCCCUUUCGGCAACGAGCCCACGCACUUUUGCAUCAUGAGCCAAGACGAUGACCCUCGACGUGUCCAGGCACAGCUCAUCCAGGAACGGCUCGCACAGCUUGAGGUGCAAAUAGAAAACUACGGGCGGAACCUGGGCGAAGCCGAGCUGCGGGUUGUGCGCGACGAUGCAAAGGACCCCAAGCUGAUCGCUGCGUUUGAGAGUCUGCAGCAGCAGGGUGCGAUAUUGCAGAAAAAGAAGUUGUAUCUGCAAAAUAUGCUGCGACAGAUGAACAAGCCGUCGGACGGCAAACCAUUCUUCAAGCGCGAGACCAACAAAGAUCAGUCCGACGACUCAAUCGAGCUUGAAGACGACUCCCUGACCAUACCCUCGGGUGCCGAAUUCGAGAGCGACUUCAACAACCGCUUCGUCAUUCACAACCUACACUUCAAAUGGAAUAACACGCUGCGAAACAUUGUUCUUCGGUACAUUCACCAAGUGAGCCAGCGACGAGGUUUCGUCUACUACUUGUCCCGUCCAGCGGUUAAGUUUAUUCUGGACAUCGUGGAGGAGCAGUACAAGGCCAAACAGAAUCCCAAACCAGCUAGCAAGAACCGGACUCCUACUGGCGGCGCCACUGCCGGAGCCUCUCCAGAUCUUGAUGCCGCGGAGCGCGAAUUCAAACAGGAUAUCGAGGAGCGCAUCAAGAAAAUUCUCCAAGACGGUAAAAAGUACGUCAAUGCAGACGGCAAAGGCGGUGAAAGUGUUCCCAACGUUCCCAUUGAAGACCUUUCCAGUGGUAUCUCGGACGAAUUUACUCCACAGAACAGCUACCAUGUUCGCCUCAUUGCACCACAGAUCCAGCUGCAGAGUGACAAGAACAAAAAGAAUGUGGUCAUUCUCACGUCAAAGGGCAUGGAGCUAAAGGUCGUCGAGGUCAUGGACAAGAUGAGAAUCUCCGACGUGGUCAGCGGUCUUGUGCAGCGAAGGUUCCUCGUGAACAUGGACAGCACCCAGUUCUUCGUCACGCAUCAGUCUUACUUUUCAGACAUUGUCACAACGUACGCUGGAAGCCGCUAUGGUACUCCCGCCACGACCUCGUGGCCACCAUGGGUUCCUAUGGAGGUCAUGUUCGACUUCGAGACUGAUCCCUUCGGAUUCAACCGCGUCGUCCAGAAGACUUCCGCGAUGCUCCGAUACGAAAAGUUCAACACGCUGCGUCUGAAGUACAACGACGAGGUUAACACUGAAGGCUCCAAUGACUCGUCGCAGCCUAACACCGAGCGAAAGAUGGACAAUCUCUGGGUCGAGUUCCCACAAGCAAGAGCCCUUUGCAACUCGGGAGACUACUACGCGAUGUAUGUCAUUGUACUUGAUUUGCUGAUGUACAAUGAGCCUCUCGAAAAGACAAGAAGUGAGCGUCUGGAGAAGAUUAUGCUAGCGUCUGACUUCAGCGAUCUCAGCGGUACGCCUGAGAUGGUGCAGAAGUUGCAAGAGCGCAUCCGGCAACUGCAGGAUAUCAAAUCGCACUUCCAAAUCUACUCCAAGUACCUGGAUCAGCGGGGCUGGGAGGACCGACUACUUCUAGAGCGUGACUUGGCGGCUUGCGAGGAUGAGUUGUUCUUCAUGAUGAAGGCCAUCACUUCUUCGCAGCGUAGGUACGAGACGGCAUCGGAGAGCAAUGCGCUGCUGAGAUGGAGCAUCACAGCCCGCGACACCGUUUGGCAUAUGCUCCGCGACAAUAAGGAGCCCCUCGUUGAACUGCAGCUCAAGGACGUCGAGUACGACCGAACUGACAACGCGGACGGAUCGCACAUCAACCUGAUUCGGGUUGGCAAGGUUUUUGGCUUAAAUCUCCUGCCCGAUGCCAUAUACCCGGAGAUAAUUGCUCCCUAUGUUGAGGGUGACAAGAGCGCGGCCGACUUGGGUAACCAAGAAAUGAUCCGAGUCUACUGGUACAUGCUCGAAGCUAUUGCCGGCAUUCCUGUCAUGGAUCACUUUGAAGUCAAUCUAUUCCCGAUGAAGAUUCAACUGGAGCGCGAAGUCGGCAAGCGGAUAUUCGAGUACAUUUUCCCAGGCAUUGACGGCGAAACUAAAACCGGCAAGAAUGAUUCCCCGUUUAUGCUUAAGCAUUUCCCCGCAGACGAGGAAGAGGAAGACGACGACUCGAUGUCUGGUUCGGGCCGUCUCACCGCCAGUGAUAAGGAUGGUUUCAACACCAGACCUGGCUCACUCGAGCUGCGCCUGCAUCCAACACUGAACUCGGACUCCCCGUCCAAGUCGGUCGGCAGCACAUCCAAAAAGAGCCUCACGGUCAACACGGGAGAAGGCCACUCCUUCCGUCUCUUCCGAUCGGCGGGCACAGGUAAGACUGCUGUUAAGAAGCCGUCAUACGAGUCGCUCAAGUCAUCGGCAAACGUACCACGCCCGGGAAUCGGCCGCACUUCGACGGGCAUCUCGUCCAAGGAUGGCUCAGUCGCUAGCGACAGUAAGAAGUCACGCUUCGGACUGCGCAAGGAAUCUAAAGCGGAGGAGAACAAGCCGUCGGACGACCUGACCAAGAUGAUGUCGCGAGCCAGCAAUUACAUGACGUUUGCCCACAUCAAGAUGCCCUCCGUGGUGUUGUGUCUGAGCUACAAGGGCAAAGACAAUCGCAACGUCGAGGACGUGCACGAUUUCGUCUUCCGCAUGCCCGCGGUCGAGUGGCGCAACAAGACGUGGUCGAACCUGGAUCUCGCGCUCGCGCUCAAGAAAGCCGUGAUCAAAGCCCUCAUCUCACAUACCGGCGCCAUCAUCGGCAACAAGUUCAAGCACCGACCGAGCACGGCCCAGACCAGCAAGCUGCGGGAGUUGGCGAGCGGAUCCUCACUCAUCGCGCCGUCGUCGGCCUCGCAACAUGACGCCGAGAGCGUCAACAAUAGCGACGACUCGUCCAGUCUGUACGGCAACUCGCCUGUGGACUACUCGCGGUCACCGCCGAGGUCUCUUCACGGCAGCUCCGCCAGCAGCAUCCCGAUCCCGCGAUCCACGAGUAGGAGUUCCAGCGUCGCGAGUUCCCGAUCGCAGAGGACGGGCGGGUCGAGUAACCCGCAGGGGCCGGCCGUCCCCAGUUUCCUGAUGAUGACGCCGCCCACGCCGCACGACAGCAGAACACCCCAUGGUCUCGGCAUAGAAUUCCUGCGGCCGUCAUCCAGGAACAGCCUCGCGCCGUUCGAUCAGGCCGGUGGUGGGACGAUAAGGUCCCUUUCAAGAUCGCCCGGGACAGGCGUGGAGCCGGAGGGGCGUCGCAAGUCGGCCAGUGGCGGAUUCCUACGCGACAAGCUCAGCGCUCUUACGCAUAGGAAGAGGGAACCGAGUCAGAAGGAGCCGAGCCAGACUCAGAGGGAAGAGACGCCGGAGACGGAGGAGGAUCUGACUGACGCCACCGGCGACAGUCCCAAGGCCGUGAAGAGGUUUGCGGGGUUGAGCAGCCGCGUGAAGACGGGAUAA